UGAUUUAGUGCCAUUUCAUAGGUAUGCCUAGAAUUUGACAUGUGAAGUGCUUGCUCAUGUGGGUUUGGAGGUUUUAUUCUUGAUAUGGAAUCUAUAUAUGCAACAUGUAUUAACUUAAAGAAAUCCAAUACCAUAGUAUUUGAAAUUGUAUCUUUAGAUCCCUAUGUUUCCCUGGCUAAGAUCUGCUGAAAUGAUCCAACACCAAAGUGAUGUGCCAUUGCAAAACACUAACUUGCCAUGGGAGUACAACGGUUCAGGCAGACCUUUGAACUUACUGAACUCUGGGGCUCCCUUUCCAAGGUUUGGUCAAAUGAGCCAAAUCCGAAAUGAUCCACCGGUACAAAAGUCGAUGCAGUGCAAGUAUUUCGACCAAGAGGAGAAGAGAGCAGUGAUGAUAACAUGGUGUUUCGGGGGCAAGAAAGUGGCUAUUACCGGAUCAUGGAGCGAUUGGAAGACCAUAGAACCUUUGCACCCUUUGGGUAAAGAUUUCAUUAUCAUGAAGAUGCUCCCGUGUGGUGUUUACCGCUACCACUUCAUUGUCGAUGAGCUAAGGAGAUAUGCUCCGAACUUACCCUGCGAAUUUGACGAGUCCGGGAAUGCUUUUAACAUUUUGAUUUGCAGGAGUUUUUCCAGAAACUCCCGAAAGCCUCUCAGAGUUCAAACCCCCUCCUUCCCCGAUAUCGAGCUACGACAAUCAACCACUAAACAAUAGUGAUUUCAGCAAGCCUCCACCUGAAUUGCCUCCGCAGUUACCGACGAAGAUCUUCGACGAACGAUCGUUUGUUAGUCGGAAGCCAAAGUCCUCGCGAAGGCCUUCUCAUACAUUGCUGAACCAUCUUUACAAGCAAGAUGGCGAUGAUGGUCAGUCUAUGGCACUUUGCUCAACACAGCGAUUUCUUCAAAAAUAUGUAACUGUAGUACUAUACAAGUCCGUGCAUAGGUAAAUUAAACAGAACUUGGAAGUUACUGCAACUCUUUAGCUUGAUAAAUUUACAACAUAAGUACUCGGAAGAAGAGUGUGCUAACGUUAACAAGUUCUUAUAUUAGAAAGCGGAGAAGGCUGAAUUAAAGAUGCAUAUCGAGUGAAUUGACA